UUCUUUCUCUGUGAUUGAAUGGAGAAGCUGGGUUCCCCGGAACCUGCACCACCCUCGCCGGGUGCAGCGCCCGUCGCUGGGCUUCCUGCGGCAAAGGCGGCCGAGGCUGAGGGAGACGAAGACACGGCAGCAGCCAGUUCCAAACUGUGUCAGUUGGCAUGUGUGAGAAGGUGGCUGCCACUGGCCUACAGAGUGGAACUCUACCACCUCUUAAAACUCACGGGCCCACUGCUGCUGUCUCGGAUUCUCUGGUUCCUCCAGUCGUUUGUCACCACUAUAUUCUGUGGUCACAUUGGCAAUGCAGAACUGGCAGGAUUUGCACUGGCCUCAGCGACCAUUAACAUGACCACCACUGCAACAGGCCUUGGCCUUGCCGUGGCUUGUGACACGCUGAUUUCUCAGACAUUUGGCGGCAAGAACAUGAAACGUGUGGGAGUAAUCCUACAGAGGAGCUCACUCAUCAUGCUGCUGUUUUGUCUGCCCUGCUGGGCUAUUCUCAUCAACUCUCACAACUUACUACUCAUCCUGCACCAAGAGGCCGAAGUGGUGAGAAUUGCCCAGCUCUACGUGAUGGCCUUUUUACCAGCUGUUCCAGCCAUGUUACUGUAUAACCUGCAGGUUGCCUACCUACAAAACCAAGGGAUUAUUCUUCCUCAGAUGUACACCGCAGCAGCGGCAAACAUUUUAAACCUGGGGGUCAAUUACGUCUUAAUCUUCAGCCUCCAGUGGGGCGUCAUAGGAUCGGUGAUCGCCAACAGCCUCUCUCAAAUCAGCCUCUGCCUGCUGUUGUUUGGCUUCAUCAGAUGGAAGAAGCUCCAUCUGCAGACGUGGGGAGGCUGGAGCACUGACUGUUUGCAGGAGUGGGGCUCCUACAUGAAGCUGGCUAUUCCCAGUGUGUUUAUGAUCUGCUUUGAAUGGUGGAUCUGGGAAAUUUUUACUUUCUUUUCAGGUGUACUUGGUGAGAGGGAUCUUGCUGCCCAGCAUAUUAUGGUGGAAUUAGGAGCCAUAACAUUUAUGUUCCCUAUGGGUAUUCAUGCAGCUACCUGUGUGCGAGUUGGCAAUACUCUGGGGGCCGGACAAACCGCCAGGGCUGUAGUCACCUGCAAAGUGGCCCUGGUUCUAACAGGAAUGAUUUCUGUGCUCCUGGGCAUCUUCGUGGCUGUCUGUAAGCCCUACCUUGGCUGCAUAUUUACCUCUGACGAGAAUAUUGUGAAGCUUGUCUCAGAGAUCCUCACGAUCUACACAUUUCUACAAUUCUUUGAUUCUCUCCUGUGCGUCUGCUGCGGGAUUAUUGUCGGAUCUGGGAUGCAGAAAAUCGCUGCCUUGUCCAACCUGGUGAGCUACUACUGCAUCGGUCUGCCAGUGGGAAUAGCUCUGAUGUUUGCUGCCAAGCUCAGAAUAUUAGGCCUGUGGCUGGGUCUCCUGAUAUGUGUUUUCUUUCAGACGGGUUUCUUCCUCGUUCUCAUCUUCAAACUAAAUUGGAAGAAAGUCACAUUAAAGGCUCAACAGCGAGCUGGAAGGAGAGUUGUGGUGAUACCGAAACGCCCUGUGAGUACAGUGCUGAGUGAAGCGAUGAUAUCUGACGUACCUGACGACCCUAACAAAGCCCAGUCGGACGGAAAAGUCGUUCAGGAGUCAGAUGGCUACAGUCCAGUUAACACCCAGGAUCAGGAGCUGAAAGCAGGUCACGAGAACGAGGGCAACAACACCAGCACGCGAGGCGCUGGUGGCGAUGCCGAGCAGAGCAAACACACUUCAAACACCAAAACUCAAGAGCUUCUUUCCGUCACUCAGCUGAUCUUGCGACGGGGACUCAUAGUCUCGGUUAUGGUUCUUAUUCUGGCCGUAGGUGUUGCUUUCCACAUAGCGUUCCCUGCUCCAGAGCCCUCGACUCAGAGCAUGUCCAACUUCACCCUGAACUGGGCCAAUGUCUCCACUUCCACCCCGUCGGCUCCUCUGGACCUGACCCCGAGCCUCUGAGCCGACUUUCAACUCUGACUGUGGCAGCUGAAUACAGUUCUGACAAACUGGCAAUUCACAACUAAAGUGAAAAAAGUGUUGAGUUUUGCCCAAAAUGACAACUCAUGUUGAAAAAAGCUCAGGUUGUCAUUUUGUAAAACAUAAGCUCCACAGGGGCUGCUGCCUCUUUUACACACAGAGAAAAAGAUGUGUCCGUUCUGCACUGCUGAGAUAUAGCACAGAAGCAGCCGAGGAAAUAUCAAGAGAGACUGAAAGUGACAGUUUGAACAAAGGUCUUGUCACAAAGAUCAUGUUUUAACCUGCUCAGAAAGAGGACACAUUAGUUAUAAACCUGUCACUAAGAGACCAUGUGGGAAUCAAGGAACAAAGGUUUUUCCACAGACACUCUUUGAUUUCUUGUCUCGAUUAAAAUUUUGCACUGUGACAUAUAUUCUCUUAAAUCAUUUUGUCUUUUCUUUUGUCAAUGCUAUAUUUCCAUAACACAGGUAUUUGUUAAAUAAUAAGAGUUCUUUUUUACUGUAUAUUUAGGGCUAAUGAUAUAAUGCACUUUGAUUGCAAUCAAUAAAAAUGAUUUAUGGUAAAAUAUAAAGAAUACAACCACAAAUUAUUGUGGCCUUGCUGUUGACAUCAUAUAUGUGUCCACUAUCCAAUGGCAGUAAAUGCAAAUCUUUUAUUUUAACUGCAGCCAUAACUUGAUUAAAUUCCAGUUGUCAUUGUACCACGUAGCAACAAAACCCAGAAGUUAAUGUGCGAUUCCUUGACUGUAUCACAAGUUGUCGUUGUAUAACAGUGACAGGAGAUCUUUACACAGUCACUUGUUAAUGACGCCACAGCAUGUUACUGAUUGCAGCCUCUGGAGGUGAGCAGGCCAAGAUUACGGUCUCUGUGAGGAGCCGGCCUCUGUGAGUCAGUGUCUCCGCUGAUGAGCAAGACGGAGGCUCAGACAACGAUUUAACCAUGUAUGAAUCAAGCCUGAUUUACAUAUAAUAAUGAUAAAUUCAUAUGCAGCUUCUUAUGUGACUACUGCUGAAAUCAAUCUGUUGCUGGUGUUGGUUUGGGGUAGGAGAGCAGUGGCUUGUGGGGGCACUGGCUUAAAAAUAUUUAUGGAAACAGACCUAUAAAGCUGUUGAAAUGAAUAAAUCAGAAGAUACUGUACAAAGGUUA